GCAUGUCAUAUUCUAAAUUUGUGUGUACAAGAUGGAUUAGCGGCAUUAGGAAAUGCUUUGGAGGUAGUGAAGGGGGGAAUUAAAUUGAUUUGGGCUAACACUCCACUAAAAAUGCAAUGGCGACAAUAUUUGAAGGAAAGACGUGUCAAUUAUUGUGCUUUUCCUAAAGAUUUGUCUAUUCGUUGGAAUAGUACUUAUAACUUAAUUCAAGUACUUAUUAGAUAUAAAGAACAUUUUCCUGCUUUUUUAAGACAAACUUGUAACUAUAUUACAAACCCGGCUGACAUCGACACUUGUGAAAAAAUUGUUAAUGUUUUGGUAUAUUUUAAUAACGCAACUCAAACUUUUAGUCAUGUUUAUAAACCUACCGCAAACGAGUUUUUUGUUGAAGCUGUCAAUCUCGCCGGCGCAUUUUUAGAAUUUUCCGAUGCCGCUUACGUUAGUUAUUUUUGUGAUUUCAUGAAACAAAAAUUUUUAAAAUAUUAUUCACAUGUUCCGCAUAUAUAUGGUAUUGCAUUUGUUCUUGAUCCUCGUUAUAGACUUGCCGCGUUGCCAAGUUGUAUAGAUUACUAUUAUAAUUGUUUUUUUCCAACUCAAGAGUUCGAUGAUAAUCCCAUCGACCCUAAACAAGAAUACAACGAGGUUAGUAAUUUAUUUCAUCAAUUGUAUAUUGAAUUUUAUGCACAAUAUGGUAAUGCACCCCCUCCCAUGCCGCGAACAUCUUCUUCAUCUAAAGGAAAAUCACUUUUAAAAUCUGCAUUUGGUUCUCUUAUGAAAAAAAGUAGAGCAACCCCCGCUACUGAACAAAGCUCAGUUAACGAGAUUUCUAUCUAUCUAACAUUGAAUGUUGAUUAUGAAGUUGGAGAUGAUUUUGACGUUCUUAAGUGAUGGAAGGACAAUGAAAGAACGUUCCCGGUUUUAUCAAAACUGGCUAAGCAAGUGCUAGCAAUGCCGAUAUCAACAGUUGCCGUGGAACAAGAAUUUAGUGCGGCCGGCAACGUCCUAACCGAUUAUAGAAUGAGGUUGAGCCCGAGCUCUCUUGAGACGCUAGUUUGCUUCCAUGAUUGGUUGAAGGCCAAACGAAGAACUCAAGAAAUGACCAUCGCUCCAACCCGCCACUUUAUGGAGGAAACAACCACCGAAGGCGGAGAUUCCGAUUGAUUUUUUAUUUCAAAAUGUAUUACAUUUCUUAAAUGCAUCCUAAUUCUCAAUUGUACUUGUUUGAAAUAAAAAUACUUGAAUUAUUUUAUAUUAUUGUGUACAUCAAUUCAAUAAUUCAAUUCAAUAAAAUUAAUUUGUAAACUU